CGGCUCGCUGACGCGGCGGGCGGGGACCGGGGCCGGGGGGCCGGGCGCGCGCGCUCCUGCGGGCACCGGGGCGCCGCGGGGAGCCGGACGCACGGCCCGCGCCGGGAUCGGCCAUGGAAGAGGACGCGGGAGCGGCUGGCCCGGGGCCCGAAGCGGAGCCCGAGCCCCAGCCCGUGGCCGAGGAGCCCGAGACGGCCACUGGCAUGUCCGAGGGCUUUUCCCGGCUCUGGACCGACGUGAUGGGCAUCCUGGACGGCUCCCUGGGCACCAUCGAUGACCUGGCGCAGCAGUACGCAGACUAUUACAAUACCUGCUUCUCGGACGUGUGCGAGCGUAUGGAGGAACUGCGCAAGCGUCGCGUCUCCCAGGACCUGGACGUGGAGAAACCCGAUGCCAGCCCCACGUCACUUCAGCUGCGGUCCCAGAUCGAAGAGUCCCUGGGCUUCUGCAGUGCCGUGUCGACCCCAGAAGUGGAAAGAAAGAACGCUCUUCACAAGUCCAACUCAGAGGACGGCUCUGUAGGAAAAGGAGAUUGGAAGAAGAAAAAUAAGUAUUUCUGGCAGAACUUCCGAAAGAACCAGAAAGGCAUAAUGAGACAGACUUCAAAAGGAGAAGAUGUGGGCUAUGUUGCAAGUGAGAUCACAAUGAGUGAUGAGGAACGGAUUCAGCUGAUGAUGAUGGUCAAGGAAAAGAUGAUCACCAUUGAGGAAGCUCUUGCGAGGCUCAAGGAGUAUGAGGCCCAGCACCGCCAAUCAGCCGCCUUGGACCCUACUGACUGGCCAGAUGGUUGUUACCCAACAUUCGAUGGCUCUUCAAAUUGCAAUUCAAGAGAACAGUCGGAUGAUGAGACGGAGGAGUCGGUGAAGUUUAAGAGGUUACACAAGCUGGUCAACUCCACUCGCCGAGUGAGAAAGAAACUCAUCCGGGUGGACGACAUGAAAAAGCCCAGCAUGGAAGGCGGGGAGGAGCACCUCUCUGAGAACGCCCCCGUCUUGGAUGAGAGGGCCGCCCUCUACUCCGGGGUGCACAAGAAACCCUUCUUCUUCGACACCCCGCCCGAGAAACCUCUGGGAGAUGAUCCCGACUCGGCCGUCAGCACCUCGCCCUCCUCGGGCAGCCUGGACACCUGGGGCGCGGGGCGGAAGCUGGUCAAGACCUUCAGCAAAGGAGAGAACCGGGGCCUCAUCAAGCCCCCCAAGAAGAUGGGCACGCUGUUCUCCUACCCCGAGGAGGAGAAGGCGCAGAAGGUGUCCCGCUCCCUGACCGAGGGGGAAAUGAAGAAGGGGCUGGGGUCCCUGAGCCACGGGGUAAGUACGGACGGGGUGUGCUUGUAUGACCACCGCCGCAGGCAUCACCUCCUGGUGUCCCUGGAGGAGAUCCAGAGUGUCCGCAAACAGAUCCGCCUGAAGAAGACCGACCCGGCCUACUCGUGUUCCAGAGCCUUCCUCUGCCACCGCCCCUCGCGCAAGGGGGGCAACAGCCUCCCCUGUGACCUGCAGCUGCUGCGGCCGAAAGCCAAAGGGGGCGGCGGCGGGGGCUGCGGCCCGCCCGGCAGGAGGGUGCGCGGGCGCCCCUCGGUCAGCGAGUUCAAUAUCACCUACGUGGUGGAGCGGAGCCUGUACAGCCACCUCAACUUGACCCAGCUCGUGCGGCCUGCCCCAGACAGGACCCUGAGCAAGGCCGAGAAGCAGGACCUGAGGCGGUGCCUGCUGGAGGAGGAGGAGGAGGCCAGGAGGAAGUGGGCCGCCACGGUGGACCGCUGUACUAAAAGGGUUCUCUUGAGAAUCCACCAGAAGUCCAGAACCUGCAGCUUCGGGGGCUUUGACCUGACAAACCGUUCUCUGCACAUUGGCACGAGCAACUCGGACCCGUUGGGUAAAGAAGGGGAGUUUGUGUACAAAGAAGUCAUCAAGUCCCCCACAGCCUCCCGCAUCUCUCUGGGGAAAAAGGUGAAAUCUGUGAAGGAGACGAUGAGGAAGAGAAUGUCGAAAAAGUACAGCGGCUCUGUCUCUGGCCAGGACUCUGGCCUCGAGGGAAUGCCUGGCUCCCCUCCCGCCUCCCAGCCCGACACCGAGCACACGGACAAGCCCAAGCUCAAAGCCGGAGGGUCCGUGGAGAGUCUGCGCAGUUCCCUGAGCGGGCAGAGCUCCAUGAGCGGCCAGACGGUCAGUACCACCGACUCGUCCACCAGCAACAGGGAGAGCGUCAAGUCGGAGGAUGGUGAUGAUGAGGAACCACCGUACCGGGGCCCCUUCUGCGGCCGCGCCAGGGUGCACACGGACUUCACACCCAGCCCCUACGACACCGACUCUCUCAAGCUCAAGAAAGGAGACGUCAUUGACAUCAUCAGCAAGCCGCCCAUGGGCACCUGGAUGGGCCUGUUGAACAAUAAGGUUGGCACAUUCAAGUUCAUCUACGUGGACGUGCUCAAUGAGGAGGAGGAGAAACCCAAGCGCCCAGCCCGGAGGCGGCGGAAAGGGAGGCCCCCCCAGCCCAAGUCUGUGGAGGAUCUGCUGGACCGGAUCAACCUGAGGGAGCACAUGCCCACGUUCCUGUUCAAUGGCUACGAAGACCUGGACACCUUUAAGCUCCUGGAGGAGGAAGACUUGGAUGAGCUAAACAUCAGGGACCCGGAACACAGAGCCGUGCUGCUGACGGCGGUGGAGCUCUUACAGGAGUAUGACAGUAACAGCGACCAGUCUGGGUCCCAGGAGAAGCUGCUUGUCGACAACCAGGGCCUUCGGGGCUGCUCGCCGAGGGACUCGGGAUGCUACGAAAGCAGUGAGAACCUGGAGAACGGCAAAACUCGGAAGACUGGCCUCCCGUCCUCCAAGUCGAACGCCGAGGGCAGCCUUCUGAAGCCCUUCGGGAAAGGCCAGCUGGGCACCUACCCGACCCUGCCGCGGGCCAAGCCGGGGGCCGGCACACAGCCCGGAGAGGUGGGCGGCGUCCCCGCACCCCAGCCCUGCGUGCCCCAGCCCUGCACGCCGGCCUCGAACCCCAACCGGAGAAGCCUCCCGGUGUCCAUCAUCUGCCGCAGCUGCGAGAGCCUGGACGGCGCCCAGCCCGGGGGGCAGUGGCCGCGCUCGCACUCCCUGGACGCCCUUCAGGGCGAGUCGGAGGCCGGCCCGGCCCAGCCUCGCCAGGGCCCAGCGCCCCCCGCUCCCAGGGCCCCCGCAGUGCCCCCCAAGUCUAGCCCGUGCCCCCCGCGGGGUGACCCCACGGCUGACCACGCGCUACCACGGCUACUGACCCAAAGCAAGAGGUCGUCGGAGCCCCAGAAGGCCACGACGGUGGCGGCUAGGAAACUGGACAGCUCCCCUGCCGCGACCCCCAGCCCCGAUGCCCCGCCACCCCCUGCGGCUAAGCCCGCUUUGACUAGGACCUCCCUGGACGCCUCCCGCAGAGGACACGGCUCCGAAGGACCUUGCCAGCCCCUCCCGGGUGGCAGCGACGUGCCCGAACCCGAGGGCAGGGCCCCUCCGGCCAGGAACCCUGCGCAGCCGCCCCCGGUGCCCGCCAAGAAGAGCCGCGAGCGCCCGGCGCUGGCCAACGGGCUCCCCGCGCCCGACGCGCCCGGCCUGCCCGCCAAGAGGACACCCGGCGACUGCGCGCGGCCCCCCGGCAGCCCCCCCAGCGCCCGGCCGCCCCCCUGGCUGGCCGAGCUGCCCGAGAGCACCAGCCUGCAGGAGCACGGCGUGAAGCUCGGUCCCGCCGCCGCCAGGAAGGGGCCGUGCGCGCGGCCCGUCCACCUGGAGACGCUCACCGAGGACAAGCUGCGCGCCGAGGGCAUCGACCUCACCGAGGAGCCCUACUCCGACAAGCAUGGCCGCUGUGGCAUCCCCGAAGCCCUAGUGCAGAGAUACGCGGAGGAUUUGGAUCAGCCCGAGAGAGAUGUGGCAGCCAACAUGGACCAGAUCCGGGUGAAGCAAUUGCGCAAGCAGCACCGUAUGGCGAUCCCAAGCGGCGGCCUCACGGAGAUCUGCAGGAAACCCCUGUCCCCAGGCUGCGUGUCCUCUGUGGCCGAGUGGCUGGUGUCCAUCGGCCUGCCCAUGUACGCGGGCGCGCUCACGCAGGCCGGCUGCUGCACGCUGGGCCAAGUGCCUUCUCUGUCCCACUCUUGCCUUCAGGAGGCCGGCAUCACAGAGGAGAGACACAUCAGCAAGCUCGUGUCCGCAGCCAGACUCUUCAAAAUGCCUCCCGGACCCUAAGGGACCUCCCUGGACCAGAGGCCCCUCGUCACUGUGCUUUCAACACGGAGGCAAACCCACCCACGUGGGACCUUCGCAGAUUCCCCAAGAACGGGCCCCGGGUGUGGCCAGAGGACGGGAGCCUGCCACGGGACAGAUGAGCCUCUCUUCUCCACUACAGCCCCCCCAAGGACAGGGAGGAUGUCCACCCCCCUUCACACAUACACAGAGAAAAGACAAGCACUUAUUUUUGUUUUAAGAACACAGGAUGAACCAAGAUGCCAAGUUGCCACAAAUGUGGUACCCGGCCCCUGUGAGCCUUAGCUGGGCCAAAGUACCAGACUCGGGGUGAUUCCACUCUCUUCACCAUGCUCAUUUGUUCAACAGUAAAACCUGGCUGCAUUCGAAAACAAAACAAAAAAAGUCCUGUUCUCCUUUAGAUACAAGACAUUUUAAUAAUUGCUUUCUUGCAAUCAGCUUUUAUUUGCCUUAAUAUAAGCUUUUACGCAGUUAAUCUAACUCAUGUUCACUGCCCUGUAACCAUAGUUCCAGAUCUCCAGCUGAAAUUGCCGUCUACCCCUGUCUGGGCUGUUUCUCUUUCUCACUCUAACCAGGCUGAUUUUGUAAGUUGUUGUUGUUGUUGUUGUUGUUGUUGUUGUUUUUCCUUUUUUAACAGGCACAAUUUUGCUGUUGACGUUU